CUAGUCUGUGUUGUGUCCUGUAACAAAUGGAAUGUUUCUUCAAAUGUCUGCUGUAAAUGUAAUGUUAAUACUCUGUACUAAAUCAAUUUCUUAGAAAAACAUUAAGUUCUGUUUAAUAACAUUGAAGUAACAUAACUUUUACAUAAGUUCAAAUCCAAGCAUGUCAUGUUUGCCCAAAACACAGGGCCUUAAACAUAGCACUUGAUCUUUAACAUCAUAACAAUCCAGAGCUGGGCUAUUUAUUGGUAACGGGAGUAGGAUUCCCAGUGAUGUGGUAUAAUUUGGAAAACUGAUUUUAACCAAUUGAGAUCAACAGAGAUCUACCGCCAUGACAUUUCUACCUCUUCUUGUAGUGUUAUUAAAAUAUGUAUAUUCCAGUGAAAGUUGACCCUUUUGUUGUUUUUUGAUGCAUGGUGAAAGCUAUAAUUUUAUCACACAUUGUUACAUGCCACUGAACAGACACUUCAAAUUAAGCUAAAUCAGUUUAAAGCUACUAAUCUCUUAAUUUGGUAUAUGAAGCCCUGUUACAAGGGCAUCCUGUUUUAUCACAAUGAUUUAAAGGGAUACUGCGAGAUUCUGUUUUUCUACUUACCCCCUGUCCAAUGAACUUGUGGAUACCAUUUUUAUGUCUCUGUGUGAAGUAUGAAGGAAGUUUGGAGCUAGUUUCGCCAGCCAAUGCUAACUAGCGUAAGCGCCAUGACGAAGUCUUCCGGUACGCUAGCGUAUGAUGCGUAAAGGACUCGCCCUUUAAAUCUUUACUUCAAAUAUGCUCAUGCUUCCCCUAGAAGCAAGAAGUUUCCAUUCAUUGUUGAUAACUCCUGAUGCUUAAAGAAGCUUUCUUCCAACUUUCAAAUAUUCAGUGAUUCUUCUCUUGCCUGUGGCCCAAUUAUUCACAACUGCCCAAAUUUAUCCCCCAGUGUUUUUUCCCCUCUUUUUUUUGUUAUCAGCUUUAUUUUGAAAUGUAAUAGAUUGAAGCUCCUUUUUUUUCACUUGGUCAGUGUAUUCUGACAUAAUACAUAGACUACUGCAUUAUGCUAUUCUACCUAAUAAAGUCACCUACCUACUACUACCAUUAUGAUUCAGUAUCUUCUGCUUUAUUCGGGAGGAAUUUCACUUUUCUUAAAGUCAAACGAUCACAGUUAGGCCAUGCUGUCUUUUUUUCUUCAGUAAAAAGGUGAGAUGUGAAAUAAUCCUGUAUUAAUUAGACCCAACCCACCUCUACUAAUGAUUUCUUUGCAUGUCCACUAAAUUAGAACUUCAAACUAAAGGCCCAAUGGAUAUUUCCUUGUACUUUGAAUAUGAGAUGGUUUCUCGUAAUAAUUCAGUUUUCUUGGCAAGAUCCUCCAAAAAUCUUCACUUUGUUUUCACUUGUUAGUCAUGAACUGACAUCUUCGGUCGGAACCUGCCUCUAUUUUUUUCUUGGCUUAAGUGAAUGCGUAAAUAGAUUUUAAGAACUCUUGUUAUUAUUCUCGUUCUUAUUAAAAUUAUUUUUCUCAUUUUUGUGAUUUCCUCUCUUCCUUGGUGAAUCUCUGCUGGUCAUGUGUGGAAGUUUGAGGCCGGGUGUAUGCAGAGGAAGCACAUUUAGCAUAUUUUGUGCAGUUUAACUCCAUGCAUGAUUACUAUUGUUGGAGUUUUGUGUUUCGUUACAAAUAAAGGAGCAGUAGUUUAGAUACAACUAAUAGUUCAUCAAUAUCAAUUGGCCAAAAGUGGAUUAUGAGAUUAACUCAUGCCAGCGUGUGCUCAAUUUGAAUCCUGUGAACCCCCUAGUGGGCAGUUGAAGUAGUUUAGCCUAGCUUGACAGUAAAAUAAUAAUAAAUCAAAUUAAUGUCACCAAUUUAUUGUCUAUCUAUUCUAAUGAACAUAGUGCAAUCCCAAAAGUUGAUCACAAGCCAUGGGUUGUAUGAACGAUUUUGAUUUGUCAGAUAUAAAUAACGACUUUACAUUAUCCAUGCUAAAAUUAUAAAUUAUACUGAUCUGUAAUGAUUAACAGACAUUUUGUAACAUUCCAUUUGCUUAGCUUUCACCUGUAUUUCCUGUUUUGUCUUUGUUGUUUUCAAAUUAUUCAGCUGUAAAAUUUGUUGAAUGCUUGCUAUUAAAUUGCAUAAUGCUGUGUUCAUGUGCUCUCGGAAUCAUCGGAAAUUUGGGACUGGGAUGCUCCCAGAAUUUACGUAAUUGCGAGUUUCCGACAUCCAAAACCAAUCAUAACGAGCGCCCAAGUAUGAUAUAGUCGUACUCCUAAUGUUUUCCCGUUCUGGUAGUUUUGAGUUUCCUACUUCAGGUGAACGAAGCAUAAUAAUAUUUGACUUUAGAUUUAUCGUUAAAACACUCGUGAGAAUCAUAGAUUUCUAAAGGUUUUAAAUUAUUGCUUUUGUGGAAAUUUGAACAGCUGACUUGCAUUACUUUUACUAUUCCAUCCCCAAAAAAUAUUAACAUAAUUGUCUAACGUUCAUAUUUGAAAAUCAUGGGCACAAGGUCAUUUGGGGUGAAUAGGGCUGAAUCUUCAAAUUAUAUUCACAUUUUGUCCAAUCUGUCUGCAUAUUUACACAUGUGUAUGGUUAGUAAGCAUUCAGCCCUUAAUGCUCUUUAUAUAAACAUUCUGGAUUUUGGGGGAUUUAUUUGAAUUGCGAUAUUUGUCACUGCAUACUGCUAUGAUACAGACAUUUUAACUUUGAGUUUCAUUACCAACUCGACUUUCAGCUAGCUAUUGAGCAUUGGAAUCGGAAUCUUUUGUGGUGUUGUUGAAGUUCUUUUCGCAGGCAAAUUCCAAUUGAUGGGAUAGGACAAAAGUGAGGUCUUAAUUAAAUGUAAUUGGGGUUUUCGACUCAUUUUCUUUUUCUUAAUUCCAUUAAAGACCCCAUUCUACUGGACAUUGAAGUGGAGACAGCUGCUUUGUCAUCAAGAUGGCGGCGUUGAUUUGGGAGCUAAUUGGAUUUUUGAAAAGCUGACUGGAUUUUUCAGGAUUUUAUUUUACUGGAUAAGAUGCAUCAAUUGGAAUUACAUCAAACUUUGACAUGGACUCUUGUGCUUUGGAUGUGCUGGCAAUUCUUUGGACUCAAUUGUUUGAAUAUUGUAAUGGUUUCCUUUACUGAGUUCAGUUACACUACUUUUUCUACUUAUGUGAUUUCCUAAUAGGAUGUUAUUUAUGUUAAAUAAAACAUUGCAAUUUUCACUAUUCUGACUUUCUUUCAUUGAUCAAUAUGCUACCCAAGAAUGUUACAGGACUAUUUGUCUUUUCGCUAAAUGUGAAAAUUCUCUCCAACUGAAUCAAUUUUACUCAAAUGUAAUUCAGUUUCUGGUAUUUUCUUGGGCUUCCGAUUUACUCCUGUUUACUGGAAGGUAUGAUACGUUUGCCUUGUACAAUCUAAAUUGACAUUUAAUAGUGCUAGCUAAAUUAGGCCUACUAACUUUAAAUAAGAUCUGGGGAAUUGGAGGGUAAACGCAAGUAAUAAUUUACACAACUUUUUAUUUUGUGAACUUUUACACCUAUUACGCUAAAGUUUUUUUGCUCAAGUGUUUACGCUACUUGUCUCCAUUACGAGCAAUACAUAACAAUGUAGCAACUUUUUAAAACUAUUUAUAUCCCGGGUUAAUUUAAUUGACCAGUUUAUUACUUCCUACACUUUUUGUAGGACUGUUCUGUAUUCACAAUCUGACUCGUAAUUGGCGCAAACAUUUAUUUUUUAAGUAAGUCAAAUGAAAGGGUAUGGCUUCUAGUGAUUAACACAUUCCAUGGUGAAUGAAGGGGCUGGCUAAUCCAUACAGCAAUACUCUGCAUUUCUACAUAGCUCUACAUAAUAUACAGUUGAAACAGCUUUUGGCAAAAACUGAAAUGGUGGCCAAGGCUCUGCCUCUAAAAUGGCUCCUUUAAGUCAUACUUCCUGUCUGAGCAGGAAGUGAUGGGUCUUAGUGUUUAAUUCUUUGAGUACAAAUAUUACUCUUAUUGAUAAAAAAAUAUAUAUAUGGAUAUGACUUUGGCAAAGGCUAUCCUCUUGAAGUGAUGCAACUUUUUAUGAAAUAAAAAUGUAAUAUAGGUUUGCCGUUUUUAUACAAAAUAAAGGGGGUGGGACUUUGGGACAUCACCUGAGUGUGGGGUAAAUGGAAAUAACGUCAAUCAAAGGCAAAGCUUUCAGAGCUAGGAAGGAGCUCUAGAUGGCGGAUGAGCCUUGGGAAGGGGAACAAUUCAUUGGGCUUUCGUCAGCCCUUUUUCAUGAAAUCAAGCUGGAAUAUGCCGCUCUAUGAUUAUUUUUUAAAAUUUAAAAUAAAAACUAGUACUAUAGUGAACAGUAGAUUAGGUUUACUGCUUUUAUUAGUUUUUCGUCGUGUAUAUCGGUUUUACUGAGUGUAUGCGCGAGUCGUUGUCUUCUCUGCCUAGGUCUGGCAGCCAUGGCGCGCCUCCAUUUUUCGUGUGCUCUGUGAAGAGCUCUAGCCUUUCGUCUCACGAUCACUUGUGUUGACGCUUCAAUAUCCUAUUAAUGUCUUUUCCCCUAAUGUUUAUUUUCAUUCAACCUUUUUUUUUAUAUAUACCUUUUUUGGGGGUAAUGAGUAUUGUAUAGUCUAUAGCCUACUUUGCGGAUGUGAAUCUAAUACUUCAUUAUACCUUACUGUACAUGGAAUAGGUAUGUUUACAUUUUUAUAAUGCCUACAAUCGAUUUAAUUUUUAUUUAUCAUAUUUUGGUCGUCCUUUGUCUGAUGACGCAGUUAGAAUUAGUGCAUGUGGCUCGGUCGGUGGAUCUAAUUGUAAUUCUCAACACUUGGCUUUUUAAUUACAGGAUGUCAUCAGUUGUCAUUUAUCCAUCGAUAAUUUAUAUAUUAAUAUAUGUCCAAUUUAAACGCCUGACACAACGUUGUCUUAUUUCGUAACGUCAAGGAUUUUACUGUCCUCUGAGAAACUAUCUUAUGGGACUUUUAUGAUAGUUCAUCACUCUUCUAACUUUUGACAGCAAAUACCAGCACAUAAGACCAUCAAAUCCAACGUUUUCAAGAUAAAACUAUGAUGAAGAAUAAGAAUAAAAAGCAAGAAGAUGAAGGUUCGACUCAAAGCAAUGCAUCAAGCAAUUCGGCGUCAGAAGAAUCGAACCACUCUGGGUUGGAGUCUGGGAGUCAGUCGGAGAGUGAGCAGGGCAGGGAGAGGAGAAGAUUGCACCACUCAGGAGAGUCCAACAGCUCUUCUGAAUCUGGGAGCCAGUCCGGGUCUGAGAGUGAAUCCCAGCAGGCCUCGGCAGAGGUCAAGGACAGACAACCAGUUAAAAAGAAAGACAAUCUGUCAGAUGUGAAGAAGAUGUGGGAAGAGCAUCCAGAUGUCUAUGGGGUCAGGCGAUCAAAUCGCAGUAGACAAGAACCUGCUCGUCUCAAUAUUGGAGCUGGGGGUAGCAGUGACUCCGAAGGUGAAAGUCCUAAAAGAAAAGCACCACGACAGAAGAAGAAAGAAAAUACCUGGAAAAGUGAUGAAUCGGAUGAUGAUGAUGAUGAUGAUGAUGAUGAGGAGGAUGCCAGCAGUGCAGACAGUGAGCAGGAAGAGAAAAAAGUUAGAUCCAGACGACUUCCUGCUAGAAGACCAAAGAACAAAUCAUCUACAGUCAAAAAACAGCAGCCUCCAAAGGGAAGGAAAACCAGGAAACAAGAGUCAUCUGUGGAGGAAGAUGAUGACGACGACGAUGAUGAUGACGACGAUGAUGAUGAAGAUACCCCAAAGAGACAAACCCGGCGAAGGGUGUCUGCUAAAGUCAGUUACAAGGAGGACCAAAAUGACUUUGAGACUGACUCUGACGACCUGAUAGAGAUGGAGGGAGCUGAGGUGGAGCCGGAAGAUGACAGCGAGACCAUUGAGAAGAUCAUGGAUAUCAGGACAGGCAAAAAAGGAGCCUGCGGGGCUUCCACUACGCAGUAUGCUGUGGAGGAAAAUGGGGACCCAGGAGCUGACUUUGACCCAGAGAAGGAUGAGGGAGAGAUCCAUUACCUGAUCAAGUGGAAAGGCUGGUCCUACAUCCACAACACCUGGGAGAGCAUUGACUCCCUCACUCAACAGAAGGUCAAGGGACUAAAGAAACUAGAUAACUUCAAGAAGAAGAACGAUGAGCUCAGUGCUUGGUUAAACAAAGCAUCCCCUGAGGAUUCAGAAUAUUACAACUGCCAGCAAGAGCUAACCAAUGAUUUAAAUAAGCAGUUCCAUAUUCUGGAGAGAGUCAUUGCGACUAAAACCGGGAAGACACAGGGUCUCUCGGAUUUUCCUUCUCACAGCCACAAGAAUGGUGCUUCUUCCAAUGAGCCAGAGUACCUGUGUAAGUGGAUGGGCCUGCCUUAUUCAGAGUGCAGCUGGGAGGAUGGAGCUCUGCUGGGGAAGAAGUUCCAGCACUGUAUAGACGGCUUCACCAACAGGAACUCCAGUAAAACAGUCCCCUCCAAAGACUGCAAAGUGUUGAAACAGAGGCCCAGAUUUGUUGCACUAAAGAACCAGCCAUCGUACAUUGGGGAUGAGAACCUGCAGCUGAGAGAUUACCAGUUAGAUGGACUGAACUGGCUGGCUCACUCCUGGUGCAGGUGCAAUAGUGUGAUCCUGGCUGAUGAGAUGGGUCUGGGGAAAACCAUCCAGACCAUCUCGUUCUUGUCCUACAUGUUCCACCAGCACCAGCUGUAUGGGCCCUCCCUGGUGGUGGUACCCCUAUCCACCCUCACCUCCUGGCAGAGAGAGUUUGACACCUGGGCCCCCGAUAUGAACGUGGUGGUCUACUUGGGAGACGUGAUGAGCAGGAAAUCGAUCCGUGACUAUGAGUGGGUAUGCCAUCAGACGAAGAGAAUAAAGUUCAAUGCACUUAUAACCACGUAUGAAAUUCUACUGAAAGACAAGGGGGUGUUGGGGAACAUAAACUGGGCUUUUUUGGGUGUGGACGAAGCUCACAGGCUAAAGAAUGACGACUCCCUGUUGUACAAAACCCUGAUUGAGUUCCGGUCCAACCACAGACUUCUUAUCACAGGGACACCACUGCAGAACUCUCUCAAAGAGCUGUGGUCCCUUCUGCACUUCCUCAUGCCUGACAAGUUUGAAAAUUGGGAAGAUUUUGAAAGUGAGCAUGGUAAAGGGACUGACAAUGGCUACCAGAGCCUUCACAAAGUCCUUGAGCCCUUCCUCCUGAGGCGUGUAAAGAAGGAUGUGGAGAAAUCCCUGCCUGCCAAGGUAGAACAGAUCCUCCGUGUGGACAUGUCUGCUGUGCAGAAGCAGUACUACAAGUGGAUUCUCACCAGGAACUUCAGAGCCCUGCAGAAAGGCACCCGAGGCAGCUCCUCUGGCUUCCUCAACAUCGUCAUGGAGCUGAAGAAGUGCACUAACCAUGGUUUCCUCAUCAAACAGCCUGAGGAAGAGUGUGACACUCCACAGGAGCACCUGCAGGCGUUGGUGAGGGGCAGUGGGAAGCUGGUUCUUCUGGACAAGCUACUGACCAGACUUCGGGACAGGGGCAACAGAGUCCUCAUCUUCUCCCAGAUGGUGCGCAUGUUGGACAUACUGGCUGAGUACCUGGCCCUGAAGCGCUACCCAUUCCAGCGCCUGGAUGGCUCCAUAAAGGGAGAAAUACGAAAACAAGCACUUGACCACUUUAAUGCUGAAGGUUCUGAGGACUUCUGUUUCCUGCUGUCCACAAGAGCUGGAGGUUUGGGUAUCAACCUUGCCUCUGCAGACACUGUGGUCAUCUUUGACUCUGACUGGAACCCUCAGAACGACCUGCAGGCUCAGGCCAGGGCUCACAGGAUUGGCCAGAAGAAGCAGGUGAAUAUCUAUCGCUUGGUCACAAAGGGAUCUGUGGAGGAGGACAUUAUUGAGAGAGCCAAGAAGAAGAUGGUUUUGGACCAUCUUGUAAUUCAGAGAAUGGACACCACUGGUCGAACUGUAUUGGAUAACAACUCCGGAAAUUCAAACUCCAACCCAUUCAAUAAAGAUGAGCUGACUGCCAUUCUGAAGUUUGGAGCUGAAGAUCUGUUCAAAGAGGCAGAAGGAGAGGAGACUGAACCUACGGAGAUGGAUAUUGAUGAGAUCUUGCGGUUGGCUGAAACCAGAGAAAGUGACCAGGGAUCAAGUGCCACAGAUGAGCUUCUCUCUCAGUUCAAGGUGGCCAACUUCUCCAACAUGGAGGAGAGUGCUCCAGAGAUGGUGGAGCGGAUGGUGCCUGACUGGGACGACAUCAUCCCGGAGGACCAGCGGCGGAGGCUGGAGGAGGAGCAGAAGCAGAAGGAGAUGGAGGACAUAUACAUGCUGCCUAGAAGCAGGAGCUCCAAUAAGAGGGCCCAAGCCAACGACAGUGACAGUGACGUUGGCUCCAAGCUGAAGCACCGCUCCUCGGGCUCCGAGAGCGAGACGGACGAUAGCGGCGAUGACAAGAAGCCAAAGAGGAGAGGCAGGCCCCGAGCCCGCAAGAACAACGUGGAGGGUUUUACUGAUGCAGAGAUCCGCAGGUUCAUCAAGGCUUAUAAGAAAUUUGGAGCUCCGCUUGAAAGGCUGGAGGGUAUUGCCCGGGACUCCGAGCUGGUGGACAAAUCCCAGGCAGACCUGAAGAGAUUGGGCGAGCUGAUCCAUAGCAGCUGUGUGACUGCUGUCCAAGAGCAUGAAGAGCACCUCAGAGAGAAUCCCAGUGAAGCCAAAGGCCCUGGGAAGCGCAGAGGUAUUAACAUCAAGAUCUCAGGAGUGCAGGUCAAUGCCAAGUCCAUCAUUCAGCACGAGGAGGAGUUUGAGCCACUGCACAAAGCUGUGCCAGCUAAUCCUACUGAGAGAAACCAAUUCCAACUGACCUGCAGAGUGAAGGUGCCUCACUUUGACGUGGACUGGGAUCUGCAGGAUGACACUCAACUGUUGCUGGGGGUCUAUGAGCAUGGCUACGGAAACUGGGAUCUGAUGAAGACCGACCCCGAUCUCAAACUCGCAGACAAGAUUCUCCCAGAUGACCCAGAGAAGAAACCUCAAGGGAAGCAGUUGCAGGCCAGAUCAGACUAUCUUCUGAAGAUGCUGAAGAAAGAAGCGGACUGUAAAGAUGUUACUAAGGAGGAGGCCAAAGUGAAGAAGAGGAAGCCUCGGUUGAAGAAAGAGAACAAGGCCCCUAAAGAUGAACAGGGCAAUGACAUCUCCUCCCCCCGCAUGUCAGACAACCCCUCAGAGGAAGGGGAGGUGAGGGAUGACGGGACUGAAAAAACUCCCACAAAGAAGAGGCAGAAGAAAAAGGAUAACAAAGAGAACAAAGAAAAACACGGAACUCCUAAAAAAGAGAAGGACGCGGACAAAGACAAAAAACGUCCGAAGCCAAAAAAAGAAAAGGCAAAAGGAGCUAAAGGGAAGAAGCCCCAGGGGCCGGUCCACAUUACUGCUGGGAGUGACCCUGUUCCCAUCGGAGAGGAGGACGAUGAGCUGGACCAAGAGAACUUCAGCAUAUGUAAGGAGCGCAUGAGGCCGGUGAAGAAGGCCUUAAAACAGCUGGAUAAGCCUGACGAGGGCCUGUCUGUUCAGGAGCAGCUCCAACACACACGCACCUGCCUGCUGAAGAUAGGAGACCGCAUCACUGAGUGUCUUAAAGCCUACAGCGACCCAGAGCAUGUCAAAACAUGGCGUCGGAACCUCUGGAUUUUUGUGUCUAAGUUCACAGAAUUUGGAGCGAGGAAGCUUCACAAGCUGUACAAGAUGGCUCAGAAGAAGCGGUCUCGGGAGGAGGAGAAGGAGCAUAGAAAAAAGGGGGAUGACCCGUCAGGCAGGAAAAAGACUUUCCGAGCAGAGGCGUCUGGUUCCAGUCGAGACUCCACCGGCACCCAGCCAUCGUCCAAGUCUCAUCCAGGCAUGCCCCACCCCUCUCCAACGUCCCCCCAUGGUCCCCACAGAGAAGGCUACAACCAGUCCAACAAGCGACACUUUGGAAAUGAUGAUCGAGGAGAUUGGCAGCGAGAUCGUAAAUACAACUACCCUGGAAAUAGCAACCAGCCCUGGCAAAGCGAGCGGCAUCAUCCAUAUGAUGCCCAUCGGUAUAAGGACCAUCACUAUGGUGACCGUCGUCCGCGUGAAGACUCCUACCGCAGCAGCUCUAGUAGUUACCGUAGUGGCGGCAGCAGCAGCUCCCCUCGGAAGAGGCCGUAUGACCAGUAUGACAGCGACCGAGAACACAGGGACCGUCGUGCCUAUUACGACAGACAUCCAGACUCAAAGCGGAGACGCGGCGAUGACUUCCGUCCUCCCCAAGACUUCAGGGGGAGUGGAGGCCAUCCCCAAGACUUCAGGGUGAGGAUGCCAGAGCAUAGGGGGCCCCCGGGGCCAGCAGGGCCAGAACACUUCACCCGGCCCUAUCCAGACAACAAACCCCCCCCCAUGCUGGACCCACGCUCCCCACAGGCGCAGAAGUCCCCCCAGGACUCGCGCUCGCCAACUGCAGAGCGGACUGCAGAGCAGAAAGCAGCUUCGGCUGAUUUAAACUGGAACAACAGGAAGACAUGAGGACUGUCGCUGAAGGACAAUGUGAGUGUAUUUUGUUCAGGUGAUGAACACAGUGUGAACUCCACAUGCUGCUGAAGGACAGGUCUGGGCUGGCUAGACUCACUGGUUUGCUUGGCCUGACACACCCUCAGUCGCAAAUACUCUGUUUACCAGCAAACACCAAACUCCAAACCCCUCCUCCGGGUGUGACUGUGGUAGUGAACUGUCUGUGCCCAUAUUGAAAUCUAUUACAGAUGUUUUUUUUAGAUGAAAUGACAGGUGAUCAGUCAGUGUUAGUGGUGAGUCUGUAAAAUGCCUGUGGAUCACUAGUCCCAUGGACUAUUAUCUGGGGAAAGCUUACAAUGCCUAAAAGGUUGAUGUUGACUGAUCUUGGAACAUAAAAGUGCCUACAGUAUUUGGCCUUUUUGACUGUUAGAGGUAUGGGAUUAUUCCCAAAGGAACCAUGACUUUGAUUUCCUUUUUUGUGUUUAGCUUUAUGCCAUUAUGAUGUCCAUAGGAAAUGUUUCUGUAAAAAUGUUAUAUUUAUCAUGUCACCCUCACCUUCAAAUGUUUAUGAAUCUUAAUGUUGAGAUGGUCGUGCAACUAUCAUCAUUUAAUAAAGAGAUGCACCUUCUUCCCCAAAUCCAAAUGGGAGUGCAUCCGUAUGUCUAAAUUGAAGUGGAGAAUAGUAAGUUAGUCAGCUUGCCAGUACCUAGUCCUCAGAAUGACUAUUUAAAAGGUUUUAAUGAGCAUUUCUCAUUACUGUUGAUAAUCAUUCUUCUGAAAAGACAUUCAUCAUUGCAAGUUUCUUUAAGUUGAUAAAAACCACUUACUCGCUGAUAAGUUGAGGACCUAAUGAAAGGACAACUUUCUAAGCAGUAUUUAAGGUAAUUCAUUGGGCAAAGGUUCAGAAGAACACUAUGACUAUGUUUAAGCUAUCCCUAAUAACAUUUUAUUUGUAGAUGUGCAAAGAAUGAAGCUAUUUCAACCAUAUUUCUGUGUCUUAUGUAUGAAUGGUACUUUUGCAUCUUACAUUGCACUAGAAGUACUGCACUCUACCGCUUUAUUCCACCCAUAAAAGUAUUGAAUGAUGUUUGAGAAGACUGGAAAUCAUUUUCUCUUUCUCUAAAGUUAAAAGAUUGCUGUCGCUGGGAAUCAAACAAUGUAACUAACUUCUGGUAAAUUUUCAAAGGGACAUUUGAGUGUUUACGGAUGUGGUUGAUGACAUGCUGUUAUUGGUCAAUCUGGUUCAGUGCCAAACCAGAGACUGGCCCUGCUCUGGUUCUUAUGAUUUCUGGUGUUUUGGUGUGCUUCUCCAUUUGUGCCUUAUUUUUGUGUAUAUUUUCAUACUGUAUAUGGGUUCAUGUACAUUAGUGUACUCUACUACAGCAAUGAUGCAGUAUUAAACAGUCAUGUUUUGAGACUUUUCUCAAUGGAUGAUUUGUGGAAUGCUUGUUAAGUGAAGACUGGAGGUGGGAACAAAUUGUUAAGUUUGUCAUGUUCUUCUGUAACUCCCCACAAGUUAUUGGGAAAAGGAUAAACAGCAUUACACAGGUGAAUCUGUGUAUGUCCUCUGUGGGUAGAUCUGUUACAAGGAAUAGCCAACCAACACCGCCUUCCUUCUCUCCACGCUACAGUCCCUGGACCUGUCCUCUUGAAAACAAGCCGAAAUAAUUUAUAUUUGUGAAAGCCACUCUUCACAUGAAAUGUACUGUAAAAAUGUUAAUAGACAUGUAUUAAACUUUCCUACAUUAUGAAAA